AACAAAGAAAAAGUAAGGGAGAUCACUCUCCUCCACUAACCCUCCAAAUCCACCAAUCCGAAGGGGCUAAAAUCCCCACAAAUCAAGUACGUUCCCUGCAAUCGGCCGCGGCUGAUUGUUCUCUUCCUGUUUCACCUCCUUCUUGGUAAUAUUCAAAAUUUACAGUCAUGUCUUCUCUGCGCUUUCCAAGACCCAAUCAUGGUUUUCUUUCUCUCUCUAAUCAACCCUAAACGAUUCUCUGUUUCUUCUUCUGUUUUUCUAUUAUUUCUCCCCUUUCUUUCACCGUCCCUGCUUCCCAUGGCUGAAGCAGAAACCUCGCCAGUACCCUUUUCAAGCAAUCAUGAUUCGGGUCCAGUCGUGCCCGUAAAACCCUUAGUUAGCUUUCUUGAAUGUGUCCAAGAAACUGCGUUCCAGACCUAUGGAAGCUCACACUUUGAUCCCAAACUCUACGUGGAUUUAUCGUUGAGGUUCAGUCUGUCAAAGACUAUGCAUGCCUUUGAUAAGCUGCUCGAGACCGGGAACGGGUCGGUAUCCGUUAAGGAUUUGGAUGAGUUCAUAGAGAAAUACUUCGAAGGUGCAGGGCAUGAUCUCGUUUAUGCUGAGCCAGUGGAUUUUGUCCCUGAGCCUCAAGGAUUCUUGCCGAAGGUGGAGAACCCUCAGGUCAGGGCUUGGGCACUUGAGGUGCAUGCUUUGUGGAAAAAUUUGAGCAGGAAAGUCUCGGAUUCGGUCCAAAAGCAACCUGAAUUCCAUACUUUGCUUCCCUUGCCGGGCUCGGUUAUCAUUCCGGGUUCAAGGUUUAGGGAGGUCUAUUAUUGGGAUUCUUAUUGGGUUAUAAGGGGCUUGCUGGCAAGUAAAAUGUAUAAGACUGCAAAAGCAAUUGUGACAAAUCUUGUUUCCUUUAUAGAUGCAUAUGGUUAUGUACUUAAUGGUGCAAGAGCCUAUUACACUAAUCGGAGCCAGCCUCCCCUCCUGAGUGCAAUGGUUUUUGAAAUAUACAACCAAACAGGGGAUGUUGAACUGAUCAAAACAUGUCUUUCUGCAUUGCUUAAAGAAUAUAAAUUUUGGAAUUCAGGAAUACAUGAGGUGUCCAUCCAUGAUGCUCAACAAAACAAAUACAGUUUGAGUCGGUAUUAUGCAAUGUGGAACAAACCCAGGCCUGAAUCUUCGACCAUUGACAAACAAUCUUCUUCCAAGUUCUUGAAUGCUUCUGAGAAACAGCAAUUUUACCGUGAGUUGGCUUCAGCUGCUGAAUCUGGAUGGGAUUUCGGCACAAGGUGGAUGAGGGAUACUUCUGAAUUUACAACAUUGGCCACAACUUCAGUUUUACCUGUUGAUUUAAAUGUAUUCAUACUCAAGAUGGAGCUUGACAUUUCCUUCUUGGCAAGAGAAAUUGGAGCGGAUGGUAUUGCUGAGAAUUUCUUAAAAGCAUCUCAAGCUAGACAAAGGGCAAUAAACUCUGUUUUUUGGAAUGAAAAGAUGGGACAAUGGCUAGAUUAUUGGCUCAGUAAUGGCACCACUUGCAAGGUGGAAUCUCAGACUUGGGAAGCUCAAAAUCAGAAUCAGAAUGUAUUUGCUUCAAACUUUGUCCCUUUGUGGAUUGAUUUGUUCAAUUCAGGUCUGUAGCUCUUGAAGCCUGAAAUAUCUCCACUUUGAACCUUGGUGUAGUGUUGGUCAAAAAAGCGAAAAAAAACCUUGGUAUAGUAAACCUUUAAACACAAUGACCAGCUGUCUAAACUAAACACAACUUAAUCAGGUUUAGUUUUAUCCUAUAGUUGAACCUUUUUAAUGUAGACUAGAAGCCAAACUGAACUUAGUGAUCCUAAUUUAAGCCUAGCAUAUGUUCAUAAGAUUUUGGUCUUGUUUCCAAAGGUAGUUUCCAUUUCAUGUUCUCCAAUUAGGAUUAUGGCCUAUCUGGGGGGUUGGUAAAAAUGAGAAAUUCCCUAAAGAAUUUCCUCCAAACUCAAAGAACUAGUAACACAUUGGAUUUAGGUCCUAUUUCCAUUAUCAGGAGUCGUAGAUAUUCCCUAGGCCUGGGUCCUCUUGCAAGUGUCCCAGAAAAAAGGUGAGCAUUGCUUGGUUGUACCGUUCUUACCCUUUCUCUUUCAAUAUAUCAUUCACAAACUAUCCAAUUAAUAACAGAAGGAAAACAGAAUUUCAGAGAUUUCUUAAGUUGGAAAAUGAGCAAAUGUAAUUUUCUAUUUUCGGAAGACCAAUCCAAAAAGAUAGUACAACCAAGUACAGAAAGGCUGCUAUUGCCUUUAAAACAGGAUGAUGGUGAUCUUAGACAGUAUGGAUGCCUAUUGAAACUUAUCACAGAUAUUCUGUCUCUUUUAUUAUUUAUUUACUUGUUUCUAUAAAUGAAAUGGUUUUUC